GUCAGUGAGGUUUGUUGGGAGUCGGGAGAAGGAGGAGGAUUUUGAAGACGUGCGAAUCAAAAGAACUCUCCUCCAGAAGUUGCCGAAAAAAUCACGGAAAAUGAGCGCUUUGCACGUCAAGGGUAUGUUUUACAUCUUGUCCACUAGCCGUCAUUUUAGCAGGCGACUCAACAUUCUGUACCCUAGCACUACGAGGUUUUUCUCGACGAACAAUAAAGAUGGCAAGGUCUACCCAUCAGCAUUAGAGGCUGUCAAAGACAUUCCCAAUGGAGCAACCCUGCUUGUAGGAGGGUUUGGACUUUGUGGCAUCCCUGAAAACUUGAUCAAUGGUCUGCUGUCAACUGGGGUCAAUGGCCUCACAGUGGCCAGCAACAACGCCGGCGUGGACAACUUUGGACUGGGUCUGCUUCUUCAGAAAAAACAGAUCAGCAAAAUGAUCGCGUCAUACGUGGGUGAAAACGCUGAAUUCGAAAGGCAGUACCUGAGUGGCGAACUAGAGGUUGAACUUACUCCACAAGGCACCCUGGCAGAGAAGAUCAGGGCCGGUGGAGCAGGCAUUCCAGCUUUUUUCACUCCCACUGGCUUUGGAACUCUCGUAUCAGAGGGUGGAGCGCCACUGAAGUACGCACCUGGUGGCUCGAAAGUUGAGAAGGCCAGCUGUGGGAAGGAGGUGCGUGAAUAUGAUGGCAGAAAUUUUAUCCUCGAAGAAGCCAUCACUGGAGAUUUUUCGCUUGUCAAGGCGUGGAAGGCUGACAAGGCUGGAAAUCUCGUCUUCAGAAAUACAGCACAAAAUUUCAACCCUGCUGUUUGCAAGGCAGGAAAAAUUACAAUUGCCGAGGCUGAAGAAAUUGUGGAGAUAGGAGAAUUAGAUCCAAAUCAAAUUCACGUCCCAGGCGUUUAUGUCCAGCGAGUUGUCAAAGGAGAAAACUAUGAAAAGAGAAUAGAGAGACUCACUUUGAAAAAGGCAGCUGGCAGCAAAAGCUCUGCCAAGUCCAAUCCAGCCACUGCUCACAGAGAGAGAAUUGUCCGUAGAGCAGCCCUUGAGUUCAAGGAUGGAAUGUAUGCCAAUCUUGGAAUUGGAAUGCCCAUGCUUGCCAGCAACUACAUCCCCCGAGGCGUCAAGGUCACAUUGCAGAGCGAGAACGGCAUCCUAGGCCUUGGACCUUUCCCUGAGCCUGGCCAACAAGACCCUGACCUGAUUAACGCAGGCAAAGAAACUGUGACAACACUUCCCGGAGCAGCAUUUUUCUCAAGUGACGAGAGCUUCGCCAUGAUCAGAGGAGGACAUGUGAACCUCACAAUUUUGGGCGCCAUGCAAGUUUCUCAGCGUGGAGACUUGGCCAACUGGAUGAUUCCGGGCAAGCUUGUGAAAGGUAUGGGAGGUGCGAUGGAUCUGGUUUCUGCUCCUGGCACAAAGGUCGUCGUUACUAUGGAGCACACAGCUAAAGGUGGGGCACACAAAAUCUUGGAGCUGUGUGCUCUUCCGCUGACAGGACAACAGUGUGUUGAUACAAUCAUCACAGAUCUUUGUGUCUUCCAAGUUGAUAAAGAGGCCGCAGAACUGGAGUUGACCGAGAUUGCCGAUGGCGUAACAGUUGAACAGAUAAUUGCUGCCACAGGAUGUACGUUCCGAGUUGCCAGUGAACUCAAACCAAUGGCUCAGGUUGAGCUUGACGAAUGAAACUACUAGUUUCAAGGCAGAUUAAUAUUUUUCUAAUUUGUUUACAUUAAUCUGGUUAAUUUUAUCGUCUGUUACGCAUUGCUUUGUGUGUAUGGAAUUAAAUUGUUUUCUAAAUAAAGCUGUGAAAGUUCAAAAA